GGUAUCAAAGCUUGUUGUUGAACAUCUCUAAGGACCUAUAACAUACUUCCUUUCCUCCUCUCUUUUCCCUUCCUAUUUCGGCCAGAAUCUCCACCUCUCUUAUCCUCAUUUUUAUCACCAUGUCAAACCAAUCCCAAACUCUCACCAAUGAAGAACUUAAGGCCUCCAACGCCGCUCUAAAAGCUCAAGUUGAAUACUUAGCAAAACAAGUGGCUCAACUCACCAAAAUGAAGCUGAAGAUGAUGGACACCCCCGAAGAAAGUGAUGAAGAACAGGAGCUGAAAACACACCCUACGGAAGAUUCCAACACCAACACCGGAGGCAGCAUUCAUGAGAAAGGAGUCACAGACUUCAAGGUCGACCUUCCGACCUUUGAAAGCAAGAACGACCCCGAUGAGUUUCUAGAAUGGCUCGAGACAGUUGAGCGUGUCUUUGAUUUCAAAGACGUGCUCGAAGACAAGAUAGUGAAGCUUGUUGCCCUUAAGCUUCGGAAAUAUGCAUCCACGUGGUGGACCAACACCUCCACCAAAAGAAGGCGUGAAGGCAAGGCUCCCGUAAAGACGUGGCUAAAGAUGCGAGCCUUGAUGAAGAAGAAGUUCUUACCCGAACAAUAUGUGAGGGAUAACUUUGCCCGGUUACAACAACUAAGGCAAGGAACCCGGACAGUGGAGGACUAUACCCGGGAGUUUGAAGAGCUUUUGAUGAGGUGUGACCUCCAAGAAGAUGAUUCACAAACGUUGGUCCGUUAUUUGUUUGGGCUAAACACCAAAAUCGCCAAUGUGGUGGAGUUACAAACCUACGACACCUUUGAAGAACUGUCCAAACUAGCUCUUAAGGGGAAGGCCCGAAGCGUCCAACCUUGGACGCUUUGCGGGUUGGACGCUUUGCCUUGGACGCUUGGCGAUGAUUGUGCAUCACGAAAGACACGUGGCAGACAGCGAAUGGACGGGACGCGUAUUGGCGAAGGGCAAUCCACCUCUAGGCCACCGCUUUUUGAUGGCACAAACUACUCCUAUUGGAAGGAACGGAUGAGAAUCUAUAUCCGUUCCACCAACUUCCAAUUGUGGUUGGUCAUCAAAAAUGGUGAGCAAAUCCCAAUGAAGAAAGUGGGAGAAACCACCGUCCCAAAGACCGAGGACGAGUUUGAUGCCGAAGACAUCAAGAAGGUUGAAAACUAUGCAGAGGCCAUCAACAUGCUAUAUUGUGCGGUCAACCCCGACGACUACCGAAAGAUCUCCUGUUGCACAACCGCCAAGGAGAUGUGGGACAAGCUUGAAGUGACGUACGAAGGUACCGAUCAAGUGCGUGAAGCCAAGAUCGAUUUUCUCACCCAAGAAUAUGAAAUGUUCCGAAUGAAGGAAGGUGAGAAAAUCGACGACAUGUUUGAUCGGUUCUCAAAGAUUAUAAAUGAUCUUCAUGCUCUUAAGAAGACAUAUACCAACAAGGAUCUCAAAAAGGGGAUAGCUCUCAAAGCGACCAAGGAACUGGUGGAAGAGGUUUCUAGCGAUGACGACAACAAGUUUGGACUCGUCAUUAAGAAGUUUCACAAGUUCAUGAAGAAGGAAUUUGAGCGGAAGGGAAGAAAGCACGACGGUCCUCCCAAGUGCUACGGCUGUGGCGAGAUUGGCCACAUCAAGCCAAGGUGUCCAAAAGCCAAGCACGGCAAGGACAAGCCCGGCUUCAAGAAGCAAAGGGCUUACAUCUCUUGGGGUGGCGAUUCCAGCGACGAAUCAACCGACCAAGAGGAGGACGAAGCUGCAAAUCUUUGCCUCAUGGCGCACGAAGAUCAAAACGGUGACGUCCAAGAGGGAAAGGGGGAGAUAAUGCACAAUACAUUGAAUGUAGACAUUAGGAAACUUCCUAGCAACAUCCUCUCUCAAAUCCCUGAAAUAUCAGCCAUGUUUUGAGGUCCUUUUAUUGGGAUAAAAUCAGGGAUGGGUGUGGUUGUAGGGCCUCCAAUGAAAAGCAAACCAGGGGGAAUGAAUGGCCUUCUUUUGGGCUGAUUUUGGGGGAUGUAUUCAGCCAACUAGGGGGACAAUGGGAAAGGAUAAUGUGUGGUACUUUGGCUGCAUAUAUGAGGAUUUAUUUGGUGGUUAAAGGGUUAAGAAAGUACCAUGUUUCUCCUGGACUUUUAUGGUUGUUUAGUGGGUUGUACUAGGGAACAUAGUAGGGACCAUGUUGGGUGGAUGUUGGAAGAUGAAUGGGGCUGUUUUGGUUUCCUAUUGUGACCAGGGAUUAAAAUAGAUAGAAGAGACUUUAUUUUGGAUAUCAAAAGGAAAUAAAAUACUUUUGGAUGU